AUGACUGAAAUAGAAUGCCCUUCAGGCAGUAAUUUCCCUCCUGCAAUGUCCGAUGAAAGCGAAAAGAUCGGGACAGAGACGGCUGACCAAGCUGACAAACCAUCGCAUUCUACGGACUUGGUCUACAACUCAAAGAAACCACGAUGGUGGAAGAGUGUAGCUGGAAAUGCAACGAAAGGACAAAAGCGAGCAAUGGAAACAAUAUUGGCGAACCACCGUCUCCCUUCUGUACCGUAUGGAACAUUUCUAGACUGGAGUCAAAUAUUUCCUGAAAACCCUGAUAUAUGGCUCGAGAUUGGUUUUGGGCAAGGAGAGAAUUUGCUAGCAUUAGCACAUCGGAAACGUCAUGAAAACGUGGUGUUUGUUGGGGCAGAGAUUCACAAGUCAGGGACUGGCACAGCAUGUCGACGAAUGCAAGAAGGGAAAGAGAUCAAUCGCUUUUGGAUUGAUUAUACCGUAUUUUCAAAGGAUUCAACCACAAGCAAUAAUCCGAACGAGGAGGGGUCGGAUGGUACAGAGAAACACGACGAUCCAUAUCGUAACCUUCGACUGCACCCAGGCGAUGGUGUGAAACUACUGCCAUACAUUCCCUCAUCUUCGCUAUCAGCUGUCCUGAUAACUUUCCCAGAUCCUUUCCCGAAAGAAUGCCAACGGCAGUGGCGUGUCAUCCAAAAGCAUACUAUUUGUGAAAUCUAUCGUGUGUUGAAAGACUCUGGACAUUUCUUUUUGGCUACCGACCACGAUGGCUUCAACCAAUGGGCUCAUCUAAUACUCAACGAAGUGAAUGAAGAUUCACCUAUCUUUCUCGAGGUGAAUCCAUGUCCAGGUAGAAUGGACUGGCUUCCGGUUGUUAGCAAGUAUGAAAAAAAGGGCUGGGAUGAGGGUCGAAGCACGAAUCUAAACUGUUGGGAGAAGAUCUAG